GCCCGCCUCCCUUAGACUUGCCUCUUACAGAAAAUCGAAAGUGGAAUAGAAAGCCGGCUGCCGCCCCCUGAGUGCCCGGAAAAGGUCGCCUUAAGAUCUCCACCGUGCUGCUUACUAGGAACAAACCCGCCAUGGCCUCAGCAAAGCCCUUGGCAAUGAUGUGGGAGGAGGUCACAUGCCCCAUCUGCCUGGAUCCCACAGUGGAGCCUGUGAGCAUUGAAUGUGGCCACAGCUUCUGCCAUGAAUGCAUCUCUCAGGUCGCCAAAGCUGGGGGCGGCACCUGUCCUGUGUGCAGGAAGCAAUUCCUGCUCAAGAACUUCCGGCCCAAUCUCCAGCUAGCCAAUAUGGUGGACAACCUAAGGCAAAUCAGCCAAAAUGCUAAGGAGGGCACACAGAAGGAGCAAUGUGGGGUGCAUGGAGAGAGACUUCUCCUGUUCUGUGAGAGAGAUGAGAAGGCUCUUUGCCUGGUGUGUUCCCAGUCUCGGAAACACCGUGACCAUCCUGUGGUCCCGCUUGAGGAGGCUGCCCAGGAGUACCAGGAGAAGCUCCAGGUGGCAUUAAAGAAACUGAGAAAAGAGCAAGAAUUGGCUGAGAAGUUGGAAAUGGAUGUUGUAACGAAGAGAGCAGCCUGGAAGGAGAAGGUUGAGACACACAAGUUGAGGAUCCACGCAGAGUUUGAGCAGCAGAAAAACUUCCUGGCUGAGGAGAAACAGAGGCAACUGCAGAAGCUAGAGAAGGAAGAGAGGGAACAGCUGAGAAUCCUGGGGGAGACGGAGGCCAAGCUGGCCCAGCGCUGCCAGGCCCUGCAGGAGCUGGUCUCCGAGCUGGAGAGGAGAAGCCGGGGCUCGGAGCUGGAGCUGCUGCAGGAGGUGAAAAGUGUCCUGGAAAGGAGUGAAUCCUGGAAACUUGGAGAGCUGGACAUCACCUCCCCAGACCUGAGGAGUGUGUGCCUUGUGCCAGGGCUGAAGAGUAUGCUGAGGAUGUGUGGAGUACACAUCACUCUGGAUCCACACACAGCCAAUCCGUGGCUUAUCAUUUCAGAGGACAAGAGACAAGUGAGGCUUGGAGACACCCAGCAGAAGGUGCCUGAAAAAGAGGAGAGAUUUGAUACUUAUCCUAUGGUCCUGGGUACCCAGUGCUUCGACUCUGGAAAACGUUACUGGGAGGUAGAUGUGACGGGAAAGGAGGCCUGGGACCUGGGUGUUUGUAGAGACUCUGUGCAGAGGAAGGGGCAUUUUAUACUCAGCCCCAUGAAUGGCUUCUGGACAAUUUGGCUGUGGAAGAAAGAAAAAUAUGAGGCUGGCACCUGCCCGCAGACUCCACUCCACCUCUCGGUGCCUCCGGGCCAAAUUGGGAUCUUCCUGGACUAUGAGGCCCGUACUGUCUCCUUCUACAACAUCACUGACCACGGCUCACUCAUCUACACCUUCUCAGGAUGCGCCUUCACUGGGCCCCUACGGCCUUUCUUCAAUCCUGGUUUUGAUGAUGGUGGAAGAAACUCAGCCCCUCUGACCCUCUGUCCUCUGAGGAUGGCAUGAUAGGGAGCCACUGACUGUUGAUGGCUCUCUCUGGACACUAACACCUCCUUUGUUGCCUCCCCCUCCUCAGCCACUCAUCCUGUCUUAUUUCCCAAUGACCUCCGAACUGCCUUUGUCUCUGCAGAGGUGUCGGGAUACCAGCAAGCCAGGUUUGACAAGGAGGUCACUGAACAUCUAUGUCAAGUGAUCUUCAACCUCAGUAUUCCUGCCCUAGAUUGCUUAUGAUUCCCUCUCCAAAAGAAACUACUUAUAUUUGGUCCAAACUCAUCUGGAUCAACCAAAACAUGUUCUGCCUUCUCUUUUUGUUUUCCCCAUCUCUAGGCCUUUGCUCAGAUCUCUAUUUUAUUUUACAUAGUUUGCAAAAGGGCUUCCCAAAUAAAUUGUGCCUCUAUCCCAUUCAA